UCAGCUGCUACAAAGGCGACGUGAGACGAGAUAAAAUGGAACUAAUCACGUCACAUUGCAGUGAAUAAACGAGGAAAAUUUAUAAUCGCCCUUUGCGGUUAUUUUUUUUUCGUUUGUCUUCUCUGCACGUGUAAAAAUGGCGUCGCUAACGAGUGUACGUUUAAUCGUGCGAAAUACCGGCAUUUUAAGAAAUUCCCGACGAUGCUUGAAUUUAUUACAAAAUGAAGCGUCACACAAAAUUCAAGAGAAAUUCAUUCACAAUGCAACAAGGUGUCCACUGUCAAUUCAUAAGGGCUUAACGGAAUCACGAGUCAAGCAGGUGCGCCAUUACAGUUCAGUGGAACCAAGAAGUUUGAAAAUAAUCACCGAUCGUGUUCUAUUGGUUCUCAAAUUGUUUGACAAAAUUGAUCCAGAAAAGUUGACUGCAGAUUCACAUUUCACCAAUGACUUAGGACUAGAUUCUUUGGAUCAUGUGGAAAUAAUAAUGGCAGUUGAAGAUGAAUUUGGUUUUGAAAUACCAGAUAUGGAUGCAGAAAGAUUAAUGAAACCAGCUGAUAUAAUUCGUUAUAUAGGUGAUAAACAAGAUGUUUAUGAAUAAUAUUAAUAUUAAUAAUAAUAAUAAUAAUAAAACUUCUCACUUUCA